AUGAAAAAAGCACACACACUCAUCGCAUCGACCAUCGGUCUCGCUGCCAUCGGCGCUGGACUUGCUGGAUUUACAUCCAGCGCCAACGAAGCAAGCAACGCGAUCUUAGAGACUUCAGUCGAAUCGGUUGCUGCCGAGUCUUACGCUGUGGACGCGGUCCACUCGACCGUCCUCUUCAAGAUCCGUCACGGCGGAGUGAGCAACUUCUACGGCCGAUUCAACAAACUCAAUGGAACCAUCGAGUUCGACAAGAGCGAUGUCGCCAGUUCCUCGAUGAGCUUCACCAUCCCCGCGUCCUCAGUAGAUACCAACAACAAAGAUCGCGAUGAUCAUGUCAAGAACGCGGAGUUCUUCAACGCGCGUCAGUAUCCUGAGAUCAGCUUUGAAUCCACAUCAAUCUCGGAGGUCUCCGACGGUGUCUAUGCAUUGAGCGGCAAUCUCUCGUUCCAUGGAGAGACCAAAGAAAUCACCGCUGACCUGACCGAAGUCCGCACCGGAACCUUUAGAGGUAAGCCGGUCAUGGGAUUUGAAGCGAGCUUCUCAAUUAAACGAUCCGACUACGGCAUCACCAAGUACCUCGCUGAGGACCUCUCGGACAAUGGCCCGCUUGGGAACACUGUUGAGAUCACAGUCGCGAUCGAAGCCGUGAAGCAAUAA